AUGACGAUUCAGGAUAUGGGGGAAGCGACGCAGCUUCAAUCACAACAACGCUUCAAUGGUAGAAGGUAUCAGCAAAUUGACGACAGAUCUUACAUUUUUCCCAACGACGAGCAAGAGCAAGAGCGAUUAGAUAUGCUUCACCAUAUUUAUCGCCUCGUACUAGAUGGCCGGCUACACGUCGCCCCAAUCGGGAACCCACAGCGAGUGCUGGACAUCGGGACCGGAACGGGACUCUGGGCGCUAGACUUUGCCGAGUAUGCUUCUUGUGCCUUUUUGAGGGUUGAUAUGAGUCCCAUUCAGCCGCAAAUGGUUGCUCCAAAUUGCUCCUUCAUGAUCGACGACUUGGAGCAAGAAUGGGCCUACCCAUCCAGUCGCAGAUUCGACUACAUUCACCAGCGUAGCAUGUCCGGCAGCAUCGGAGACUGGUCCAAAAUGUACAAGCAAGCAUUGGCUCAUCUCGAGCCCGGCGGCUGGCUCGAGGUCCAGGAAUUCGAAGUCUGGUUCUACUCCCAGCUGCCUGGGGGCUUGUCGCCAGACUCUGCCAUUGCCACAUGGCAGAAACUGAUCGACGAUGGCAGUGUCGCACUUAGCCGACGCCUGAAUUAUGCAUCCCGAUUUAAAGCGCACCUCGAAGAAGCCGGGUUUGUCGACGUUCGGACGCAAGUAAUCAAGACCCCCAUAGGCACAUGGCCAAAAGACGCGAAACUGCGUCAGAUAGGAUUAUAUCUCCAAGCACAGAUGAACGAAGCAGUCGAAGCCGUCACCCUUGGGUAUCUGACGCGAGCACUUGGCUGGUCAGAAGCCGAAGUCCAGAUCAUGCUUAAAAACGUAAGAAAAGAGUUUAACGACCGACAUCGGCAUCUUUAUACAUUCUGCUGGUUCAUCACGGGUAGGAAAGGGACGGGGCCUGGAGAUCUCUGA